UCUCAGGUGUCAGGAUGGAGCUGAACGAGGAGCAGCACCGUAUCCCUCUGAGUGAUGGCAACAGCAUCCCUGUGCUAGGACUGGGCACCUACUCCUCCCCUGUUACGACACCACAAGGAGCGUGCCUUGACGCUGUUAAGUAUGCCAUUGACAUUGGAUAUCGUCACAUUGAUGGAGCCUACCUUUACCACAAUGAGCAUGAAGUGGGAGAGGCCAUCAGAGAGAAGAUAUCUGAAGGAAAGGUUAAACGAGAAGACAUUUUCUACUGUGGUAAACUUUGGAGCACAAGCCAUCCACCGGAACUUGUACAACCGACAUUAGAGAGGACUUUGAAAAUUCUAGGGCUUGAUUACAUAGAUCACUAUAUUGUUGAACUCCCGAUGGCUUUCAAGCCUGGGGAUGAACUAAUCCCACAAGAUGAGAAUGGAAAGACCCUAUAUGACAAAACAGAUCUGCGUUCGACCUGGAAGGCUAUGGAAAAGUGCAAAGAUGCCGGGCUGGUGAAGUCUUUGGGUGUUUCCAACUUUAACCGAAGGCAACUGGAAUUAAUCCUCAACAUACCAGGACUUAAAUACAAACCUGUCUCUAAUCAGGUUGAGUGUCACCCUUACUUCACACAGAAUAAAUUACUGGAAUUCUGCAGAAAGCAUGAUAUAGUGGUUGUAGGGUACAGUCCAAUAGGAACUUGUCGUGAUGCAACUUGGGUUAACAUGUCUUCUCCUCCCCUCUUGGACGAUAAGCGUUUGAAGGCAAUUGGAAAUAAGUAUGGUAAGACAUCAGCACAGGUGGCCCUACGAUUUAACAUACAACGAGGUGUGGUUGUUAUUCCAAAGAGCUUCAACCAAAAAAGAAUCAAAGAAAACUUUCAGAUAUUUGAUUUCAACUUGACAGACAAAGAAAUGAAAGACAUUGAAGCUCUUAACAGCAACAUACGCUACGUUCAGUUGCAUUUGUGGACUGAUCACCCAGAAUAUCCUUUCCUGGAUGAGUAUUAAUAUAGAAUAGCUGAUCAUCUGGUCUCCAAGACAUUGGACAUUCCUCAGUAUGGCCUGUGAAACAUGUACCGGGCAUGGUCCUGCCACUUACAUUACAGACAAAGAAAUCAUUCACAUUGUAUUGAUGUUUGCUCAACAAAUCUGGGCUUAAUUAUAUGCCAUUUUAAUGACCAAACAACCAGCACCCCACAUAGGUGGGAAACAGAACCUUUUCACAAGUGUUGGCCUUCUUAUUUUACCACAUUGUGGUAUGGUGUAUUAAUCAUGGUUACUGUAGAUUUCGGAAUAUUUUAGUUUUAGAAUGCACAUACUUUUUUAGCUUUUAAGUGAUUAUUUGUCUUUAUUAACCAAUCUUAUAUUUUUAAUUUUUUUAUACAUGUG